AUGGCGGAUACCGAAUUAGAAAUAGAAUAUGAAAAUGGGUCGUCUAACGUUCAGGAAACAAUCUUUACAGACAUCACAAUAGAGGAACAGAAUAGUGAGCCUAUUUUAUCUAAAAAAGAAUUAUACGCAUGGUACCUUUACGCAUUUGCUUGCGAAGUCUAUUCAGUUGUAUCAUUAUCAAGCUUUAUACCAUUGAUCUUGGAACAAUUCGCUUCAGAACAAGGUUUUCUCAAUAUUAAUCAUGAGAUCGCUUGCAAAAACUCUACUGAACUUAAGGCUUUUGAAGAAGUACGCUGUGUUGUCAACAUUUUUGGAUUAUGGGUUGAUACUGCCUCGUUUAGCUUAUACACUUUUUCAUUUAGUGUAAUUCUACAAGCAAUUACCGCCAUAUCUAUCGGUGCAACGGCUGAUCACGGUGCAAUGCGCAAAACUUUAUUAAUAAUUUUUGCUUUGGUUGGGAGUGUGUCUGCAAUGUUAUUCUUGCUGGUCACUCCUCCCAUGUUCUUACUAGUUGCGAUAAUUGCAAUUAUAGGAAAUAUCUGUUUUGGAGCUUCUUUUGUUUGUUUCAAUGGUUUUUUACCAGUUUUGGCGAGAAAUCAUCAAGAUGGAAGAAAAAUUAGAUGGUUUGAUUAUGUUAUAUAUGCAUGGAAACAGUUGUGGAUGACCAUUUUGCAAGCAAGAAAAUUGGAAAUGACUUUUAAAUUCUUGAUCGCUUGGUUUUUCAUAUCUGAUGGAUAUACCACAAUAACUUCGGUGGCAUUAUUAUUUGCUAAAACAACGUUACAAGUUCCAGCUGUGGGUUUAAUUGCCAUUUCCUUGAUAGUUCCAUUAUCAGCUCUAUUUGGAACAAUCAUGGUGCCAAAAUUUCAGUCAUAUUUCAGGCUGACAACAAAGCAAACCGUUAUAUUUUUAAAUGUUUUAUUAUUAUGUAUUCCUUUUUAUGGUUGUUUGGGUUUUAUUUUACCAUUUGGUGGUCUAAAAUCCGGUACAGAACUUUAUUAUUUUGCUGUCUGGUUUGGGAUAGUAAUCGGUUCUAUUCAAAGUUAUUGCAGAACUUUGUUUAGUGAAUUGGUUCCUCGCGGUAGAGAAACCGAAUUUUUUGCUUUGUAUGCGGUUACUGAUAAAGGUUCAAGCUGGUUAGGUCCGACUUUAGUUGCCAUCAUUACGGAUAUUACGCACGAAAUUCGAUUUGGAUUUGUAUUAUUAUUUUUCCUUGUUCUAACGCCUAUACCUAUUCUUUUGUCUUUGAAUGUUUCUAAAGGAAAAGAAGAUGCCGAUAAGGCUUCCAAUAAACAUUCAAUUGUCAUUUGA